AUCUUUGACAGGAUUGUAAACAUUGUAUGAGACGACAUUUCUUCAUCUGUUCUUUGUGCUCCGAAAGGGAGCACAUAGUAGCCUGCAGAAAACGUUGCUCAAACACACAAUUAAACCCAGAUUGCAUUGAGAGAUACACAUAGUUUCGUCCUAGUUAUUCAAGAGACUGUUGGCUGGAAUGUAGGUCCCCAAGGCUGUGCUUUUAAAGUUUUCUCCUCAUUCCAUAAUAUGUUUGAUCGUGUCAUACAUCUGUGACAAAGGCCUACAUUUUAUAUGUUAGUGGCCACAGAUAAAUGAAGAGGUGUUGGCUGCUAAUGUAAAUUGCUAUGUGACAUGGUUCAGAUAAAGUCUCUGUGCGUGACACUUUAUAAGAUUUGGAUUUAGUGGUCUUGUGUGUGAGGGGGGUGUACACUACAUUUAGGCCUGAGGUGACCUGGCCUGUAAACUCUGGAGAGACACCCCACACUACAGCAAUUGGAGCAGCGGGAGUAUAAUUAACUGGAAACAAUCUCAUCAGAGAUUCAAGUGUACAAGUCACCAGAGUACGAGUCACUUGGUUUUGAGCUCACAGUGGAGCGGCUGGUUUCCAUCGGUUACCCCCAGGAGCUGCUCAGCUUCGUCUACGACCCAUCCUUCCCCACCAGGGGCCUUGUGUUUGAUACCAUGCAUGGAAACCUGUUGAAAGUAGACGCCUACGGUAAUAUCCUGGUCUGUGUCCAUGGGUUCAACUUCCUCCGAGGCCCUGAGAUCCGUGAACGGUACCCAAACAAGUUCAUCCAGAGAGAUGAUACAGAGCGCUUUUAUAUCCUUAACACUCUCUUCAACUUGCCAGAAACCUACCUCUUUGCUUGUCUUGUGGAUUUCUUCUCCAACUGUGACAGAUACACAAGCUGUGAAACUGGCUUCAAAAAUGGUGACCUCUUCAUGUCCUAUAAGAGCAUGUUCCAGGACGUCCGCGACGCCGUCGACUGGGUCCACUUCAAGGGUACAUUAAAGGUGAAGACGGUUGAAAACUUGGAGAAAUAUGUAGUGAAAGAUGGAAAGCUGCCUCUUCUCCUCAGCAGAAUGAAUGAAGUUGCCAAGGUGUUUUUGGCUACCAACAGUGACUUCAAAUACACGGAUAAAAUCAUGACCUACCUGUUUGACUUCCCACAUGGACCGAAGCCUGGUACCUCCCACCGGCCCUGGCAGUCCUACUUUGACCUGAUCCUGGUAGACGCCAGGAAGCCCCAGUUCUUUGGAGAGGGUACAGUGCUCAGACAAGUCGACACGACUACAGGGCGUUUAAAAAUAGGAACCUACACAGGACCUCUGCAGCAUGGCAUAGUCUACUCUGGAGGUUCCUCAGACAUUGUGUGCGACCUGCUGGGGGCCAAGGGGAAGGACAUCGUGUACAUUGGCGACCACAUCUUUGGAGAUAUCCUCAAGUCCAAGAAACGCCAAGGCUGGAGGACGUUCCUGGUUAUACCGGAGUUGGCCCAGGAGCUGCACGUGUGGACCGACAAAAGCUCAUUAUUUGAGGAACUGCAGGGAUUGGACAUUUUCUUGGCUGAACUCUACAAACAUCUGGACAGCAGCAGCAACGAGAGGCCUGACAUCAGCACUCUUCAGAGAAGAGUCAAGAAAGUGACACAUGACAUGGACAUGUGCUACGGCAUGAUGGGUAGCCUUUUCCGCAGUGGCUCCAGACAGACCUUGUUUGCAUCUCAAGUGAUGCGUUACGCCGACUUGUACGCAGCCUCCUUCAUCAACCUGCUGUAUUAUCCCUUCAGCUACCUCUUCAGAGCUGCACACGUGCUGAUGCCCCACGAGUCGACGGUGGAACACGCCCACGUGGAUAUCGACACAGAGUCGCCACUGGCCACGCGCAACCGCACCCACUGCAGCGACUGCAAGGACCUGGAGUGCAAACGCACCCAGCUGACCCGCUCCUUCAGCGAGAUCAAACCUCCCAACCUGUUCCCCCAGACUCCCCAGGAGAUCACUCACUGCCACGAUGAGGAUGAUGAUGAAGAGGAAGAGGAGGAAUAAGAACAGGAGGAAUAAGCUGGACAUGCAGAAGAAAGCCAGGUUCCUGAUCCUGCCUUCUCCUGUUUCCAUUAGUCAGUUAGUUAUCUCUCUCACAAUGGGGCAGGGAAGG